CAACGUCUUGCAAAUGCAUGAAAACCACAAUAACUUUUUUCGAUGUCUAUUCGUUGCCGUCAUUUAAUGCUAAACUUUGCAUGAAAUCGGUUCGCUGAUCGGCACUCGGUGCUUGUUUAUCUCGCGUGUGCAAUUUUUUUCUCCCAACAGUUGUCGGGGCUAGAAUUUAAAAAAAAACUGGUGUUAUCCUCUUUUGCGCAAAUUCGAAAUCGGAUUUUUAUUUUUGCAAAGUACAAUUUCAGACUCACGGACGGUUUUACAGGUGCAAGUGACCCACCAUCGCAGAGAUUCGGACAUUGGCUAUUGGAGAUUCGAGUGAAAAAUUUAUUCCGAUGCCCUCGGGUACAAUGGCCAAAAUAUCUUAUCGCCAGCAACAAUUGUUAUGAGCGCGAUUCGAAAGAAAUAUCGCAAACGUAAUCCUCAACAAUCCUGAAGUGCUUCUAUAUUGGCCUGUCAAAAUAGCCAAUGCCAAAUAUUGAUUGUUGUCAGUUGUUCCGACGUUUUUAUGUUUCAAUUGCGUUCAUUUUGCCUGUGUCAGUGAAGAUUUUAAUAGCAGUUUACUGAGUGGCUUUGAAAGUUAAAGACGAAAGUGGCUGCUACGUGAUACAAAAACAUUUGAAACAAAAUACUCAUCUUUAAGUUCAACUUUUUGUUUAUUACCACGGAAUAACAAAGUUUACGGAACCAGGAGAGCCGAAUUUGUAUGACUCGAGCUCGGGGUUACAUCAUGCUUUUUGAGGAUCUGACAUAAAUCUGCCGGAAAUGCAUGCCUUCCGAGUACGCCCUGGGGUACUAGUGUCCCCGUAGACAUCUGAGACCAUCGAAAAACAACAACUACAACAGCAGCAGCAGCCGCCCCAAAAUAUUUAUUAUUCAACAACGUUCGAGUAAGUUCAACGAAAUUCCCAGCCAGCCGCACAGAUUGAGAUUAUCGACGCAGGAGAUUAGCCGCCGCUGAGGUUCAUCGAGUCAAAGAGAUAGAUAUCUUGAGGCGCAACCCAAGGGGGAGUCGCGAGGCGUAAGCUUACUUACAAUCUAGUCUAGUCAUUCGGUCUCGGUGUGUAUAAGCAAAUGCGAAUCGGUGGUGUUCUACUGGAAGGCGAAUUGAAAAAGUAAGAAAAAAAUUAAUCUGGUGCUGGCCUUUUGGGACAGUUCUCGAUAGCGGGCAGCCCAGUUAUUAUUGGUCCGCGUACCUGGUAGCCGGAGCCGAGUGUACUCAACUUGGAGUGGAACACCUGUGAUUGUGUCCCCGGUUUCGGUUGGAAGUUGGCUGGCUGGCUGGCGUGCGGCCAAGGCGUAUUGGUAUUCCAGCAUUCGAGUGUGUGUUUAGCGGUCGAAUAGAUACGACGAGACCACCUUCUCCGUUAGCGCCGCGCGAUUUGUUUUUAUUUCGGGGGCGCUCUAGGCGAGUAACUAGCGGCGACGCGAGUUCCGAAACACUGUUUAUGGGUAGAGAGCGAAAUUCAAACGCGACGGUAAACCGCUGAAGGUGAUUUUCGUGGCUGUACGUCUAGCUGCUAGACCCUCGGGUGGUUGCUUCCAGCUGCUGAGGGCUAUCCAGAAGGGUUCGGUGCAAUAGUGAUCCUACCAAAGAUCUGUGAUCUAAGUUGUGUUCUAAACACACAAAGAAGAAAAAAGUUAUCAAAAAGCAUAGUAUUAUCGAGCAUAAAGUUUUCCGCUUAGCAAGUAAAUAAGAUAGAAAGUGAUCCAAACCCAGGAACCAUGCCGGUUAAUGCCAUCGGAACCGAACAGCUCAGUGGCAUCGAGGAAGAAUCCGAUAUCUACGAAGCUUUUGCACCGCAUGUGGACACGGCCAACAUCUCGGUUCUGACCGACACCCCUCCUGGAAAAAAACCUAACCUCAAAACAUUUCAAGAUGUGCAAUCCCUGAUUCAGCAGGGCAAGAAACGCGAAGCCAAACUAGUGCUAAGGGAAAAUUCGUGGCCCACCAACUCCCCCAUUCGGUCCCAGCUAUGGCCGGCCCUGUGCAGUCAGCAUCACGUGGGCAAAACCAUGCUGGACGGCUUCUACUGGGACAUGGUGAAUCAGGUGUUCGGUACCACCGAGCUGCCGGAAAAGCCGAUCAUGCUGCCACCCUUCGUCGACUCGACCCACUGCCUGCCAUACCAUUUGACGCGAAAGGGCCGAGCUGUGGCCGAUCGGGUUGUUUCGGUGCUCGGGUACGCCUGUCCCGACAUCACCUACAGCCCGACGCUGUACCCGAUCACGGCAAUACUGUUACACUUUAUGUCCGAAGAAGAAUGCUACCACUGCAUGGCGAGCUUGGUAGCCCCGAAGGAUAAAGUAUUCAUAACGCAGACAAAGCUGCUGUAUGAAGUCACCUGGAAGACUGUGAUGCAAAUAGCCAAAAAACAUGCGAAAUCCGCAGUGCUGUAUUUAACGAGAUUAUGCCCGGGCCAGAAGUCGGAACGGAUCUUCAUGGACUGGUGCUGGUGGAUCAUGGGCGGGCUUCCCUUUCCCCACCUGGUGCGGGUGAUGGACUGUUUCUUCCACGAGGGCAUCAAGGUGCUGUACCGGGUGUCACUGGCGAUACUGAUCCUGUUCCACAAGCAUGCCACCGCCACCAACAGCGACUGGGACCCGGACACGAUCAAGAACGACAUCGACAAUGCGCUGCCCCGGUUCUGCAAAAAUAUCCCCGUUUCGCCGACCAAGCUGCUGCGGACGGCUUUUAGUAUAAGAGCACUUAGUUCAACCUACAUAUCUAGGAUUUUUCUUAAGACUGAAAUGGUACUGAAGAGUAAGUCAGUUCUUAGUGGUUCGAAGCAGAUGGUAAGAUCACGUUCUAGCGAUAAUUUACCAACGAGUCAAUCCCAAGUCAACGUACAAAUGAUGUCACACACGCUAACCAUCCGAGAGGGUGCCCACUCGCCCGAUGUGAGAGUUUUGUCAAUGGGCGUCUUCCCAACCCAAUCGAUAAAGAGUAAAGUUUGUGAUCAGGAUGACCUGUUUACCCUUUGGUCCUGGCUGCCAGUGAGAAUAACAAUGUAUCAACCGGUACUGCUAUACACAACGGAAGAACAUGGAUGUUCACUGACGACGUUCUACGUGCGCGUUGAGCAACACGAACCGACCCUUCUCAUGAUCAAAACUUGCAAUAAUGAGGUAUUUGGUGCGUACUGUUCGACGCGGUGGUACGAGCGGAACCUAAAGGACGAACGUGGGCAGCGGCAGGCCUACUUCGGUACCGGUGAGACGUUCCUGUUUUCGUUGUACCCGGAAAGGGCCAAGUACCCAUGGGUUGGCAUCGAGGGGGACAAGGGCCUGGGGCACGCUUCGGAGCUGUUCAUGGCCGCCGAUUCCAAGAUGAUAACGAUUGGUGGGGGUGAGGGUCAAGCCAUCUGGAUGGACGAGAAUAUCCGUUUCGGCAAAACCGACCGCUGCCAGACGUUCAACAAUCCGCCGCUCUGCGUUAGUGGCGAUUUUGAGAUCCGAGUACUCGAAGUUUACGGAUUCGUAGAACGAGAAUAACAGUUACAUGUUAUAUUGAACCAAUCUACAGAACAGUGAAACGAGAUCAUACUCUCUCGAAGUUAUUCUAUCAGACAAAAGGAAGUUUUUUAAGUUUUGAACCACCCUAUUUUACAAUAGACUGUGAGAACAAACUAACAGAGAAAUUGCAAUUUUUGAAAUAUUGUUUAGCGAAAUUUCAUUCAGGUUGAUAGAAUUUAAAUGAACAGUUUCUUAUUUUUAAUAUGCUCAACGAGAAGAAAACCAGUGAGUGGAAGCAAAUGACAAAUUUCGUCAAUGUUAGUUUAUGGGCUGUAGUUUUGCUUGUCUACAUGUGAAGAGUUAAUGUGUAAUCGUAUCUAAAUUAUUUAGUUUGGUUGUUUUCGACUCGCAGUAAAGAAUCAUACAACGAAAUUUAUUUAUUUUUUAAAUUAUGAUAAAACCGGUAACGCUCUAAAUCUGUGGGCAAAUUUUUAUUUUUGAAAAUUAUUUGUUACACUGUUUCCAUUUCUGGUGUUGCAGUUUUCGCUUCCUGAUUUGUCAUCAUCGCUCGCGUUUUGAUUUGCGAAUAACAACAUUCCAAUGCAAUGAUCAAACUUUUUUCUAGUCUCUGUUUGAAACGAUAUCAGCAACAAUCCAUCUUUGUGUGCUUGUGGUUUUAGCGUGUAGAUUGAAAAGCUUAUGUAAAAUAUAAUGGAUAAGGAAAUAAUAACAAGCUCCAAUUAUAAACUAUAUAUCAUGUAGAGGCACUUGAAAAUCGUUUGCAAUCAAUUCAUAUUAUUUAUCAAAUCAAACAAACCGAAAUGAAAUUAGCUCAGAACAACGAAUUGGAACCAAUGAACUGUGUAUUGCUGUUUGCAAAUUUGUGAAUGUAUAAUGUCACCUCUAGAAUAUACUUACAUGUAACCUUCGAAGUUCCAAUCCAAUAACUCAAAUGUAUCCCUUCCCUUGAUGGAGGUUUUACUUGCCUGAAAUCACAAAAUGAUAAUCAAUACAGAAUGAAAAGCUCUUAGCAAUUUUCUACUGAUAUUUAUUACCUUAUCUAUUGGAACAAAAAUUUUACUGAACAGAACGCAAAAAACACGUGAUGAGAACUCAAAUCCUAAAAAUCGUACUUAUCAAGAGAAUUAUUCAUCAGUUUUGACAAGCAAAAUGUUAAUCGAUUUCGGGAUUAUCGACCAAAUCAAUAAUGCUUUCAACGAUUUUUACUGAACUCAUAUUACUAGAUUUCAGGAAUUGACUUCAAUACACACGGUUUUUUAAUGAAAAACUCAGUUUUCAGAAUUUGUAGUCCAGUGUGCAAAUUCAUUAUAAAACUAAGAUAAUUUGCUUUCGAGAGGUUUUGUUUUAAUUUUACAAAAGUCUUGAUUAAAAAAUAAUUAUUCUUAAAAGAAAUCAGCAGUUCAUAGGAUGUUUUUUUGAAGACAAGAGUAAGCUCAAUUUUACUUCAGUAAAUUAUCGUAUCCAGGACAAAAAGCAAGAUCAGCUUGAUCCUACAAGAGAAGGGAAAAAACACAUUGAACUAGCAAUAACAGCAAUGCUUUCUAUUGUUUGCUUCCACAAAAAAUCAUUGACCACAGUUGUCAUACAUGUAUGAGUUUAAAAUUCGUGGAUGGCGAUUACUUGUUCAAAGUAGUAAAUGUAUGUGUGUUCCAGUCAGACAUCAAUCACUCAAAAAAUUCCGUUUUGAAAAUAAAAAAAAACUGUUCGUUCAUUCGCUGUUGUAUUGCUGCAAGAAAAAAAAACGCAAAACUAAACUGUAGAUGUUAUGCUAAUUGAAAACGAAAAAAGUUUAAACCAUAUACACAUAACAUGCAUACAUACAUAUUAUUCACCUUAAGCAAUUAGGUACGUAAUCUUCCUCGUUCAUUAUUUCUCUAUUUUAGAGAGCCAGUCGUGUUGAACAAAGCGUAGCAAUAGCAAAUAGAGAGAAGAAAAAACUACAUAUUAAUUAAACAGAAAAAAAGUUAAGAGAUUUACUAGCCGUUAAGUUGUCACCGAAUGGGAAUGUUAAAUCAAACCAAUAUCGGGAGAGAAUAAUAAAAACAUACAAGAAAACUAAGCAUAAAAUACAGCAAAGCGGGCUUUGAUGUGUUAGUUUGUACAUACUUAAAUCAGUAGCUUAGAAUGGAUCCAAAUCAAACGAAACAACAGAAGCAGUAUGGUGAUUCGACGGAAAACUAAGAUAAAGCUUAAGCUUAGUAGGAAUGUGUAUUGAAAACACUUGACGUGUAGGCUGUUGAUAUUGCAAAGAAGCAAAGCAAGGAAAUAUGGAUGAAAAAACACUCAAUCUUUUGCUGUAAGUUAUUCGAACCUUCGGUUUCAUGAAACCUCCCACAAAAACGCAUAUACCUACCUACAUAAAAUAUAUAUUCAAUCAUACCAUAUUUUUAUUCACAUUGUAUUGUAAACGAUAAGUUUAAUCAAAUAGAAAUUUACUACGCUUUCUAUAUGCGUUUCUCCUUUAGCUCGGAUGUAUUUUUUUUUUCAAAUUUUAAAAAGAAAGCAACACGAAACACAAUCAUGAGAUGAAGCCUAGGAGGAACGUUAAACCUGUCAUAUGGAUUAAAAUUUAAGCCCAAGUGAAACACCCAAUGUUAUUGUGAUUCUUUGUAACGUUUUUUUUUAACUAUUAUUUUAUUUUAGUUAUCGAAACUGUAACGUUAUCCUCUUAGAGCAGGAGUUGUAUUUUGGAUUUAUAUGUUAAGUCCGGCUAGUAAACGUGUAGAAAUACUUUAUUUAUAAACCCUCAAUUUAGGCUGGAAACCGUUUUUCGUUGCAAAUGAUUGAUAUAGGAGGACCCUUAGGGUUGCAGGAAAUAGCGAAGCAUUAAACGAAGAAAAAGCAACAGCUAUUGGUUGAAAAUAAACAAAAUGAUACUGAAAAAAAUGAUAGAGUUAUGAUGAUGAAUCCGAAAUUUCCUUCUGGUAAAAAGUAAUUUGGAUUUCUCAUCUUCUAUUCCUUUAUCAUUUCCAAAUGAAAACUCUAAACACCGAGUUAGACCAAGUGAAGCAUGAUCUGGCGAAUGUGAGAUGUCCGAGA